CUACUGACGUGGGAGCCCCGCCUCCUGGAGCAAUGCGAGCGGCACCAUUCGCGUCGCAACCUGCCUACUUUCACCUCCCAGAACAUCGUGAUUACGGAAAGUUAUGCUGGGACUUGCGCUGGCAGUUUUGCCCUUGGGAGGGCGUUUGAUCACGCGAAGAAGUGUUGCGGGCACGAUGGCCGCCGCUGGCGCGUGCACUUCGCCUGCGACAAGGGCGACGUCCAGCAGGAUCUACUUACGUCCAUGUCUGGCCCUCACCAGCCGCAGCACAUCUUCGGCGAUAUUCUGGAUAGGUUGCACGACGAUGACCGGACGUAUCUGGACCACAUCGUCAAUACCACCUUCGCGGCUAAUGCUGUUAUCUUGCAACAGGCGAAACAAGGCGAGAUCACAUUCGAUAACUACAAGGAUGCGGCGCAAAGCCUCUGCGACGACAUGUACACCUCGAUCUGCAACCGUUUGGAGAAAGCCACCUUCAGGUUGGCGUGGGCGUAUUCGACCCGAUACUAUGGGCCGGACGCGAUCCAGCAGGAGUGCGUGCCCGGCUUCAACGCCGACUUGCUGCUGAACAUUCUCAGCCCCAAGUACACUGCGAAGUUUAUGGAGUUUGCCCCUUGCGACGCUGGUUUCCCCUCGAGUGGGAAGCGCCAAUUCGGCAUCUUCGUCUUGGCGAAUAUGGUGAAAUCUCAGCUGGAGGCCGUGAGCAGCGAUCUUAGGGAAACGUUUAAGAAAUGCAUCAACCAGCCCAACUCCCUCGACAUGAUCUUGCAGGGCAGUCAGGAAUUGCAAGACGCUUGCAUGGCCAGCAUCCUGGAGCGCAACAGUCUGUUCGGCAUCCAGGUCGGCUAUGCAAAAUGGGAGGACGUGCUGACGCCGCACGAGCGGAAGCGGCUCACGUUCGCCAAGAGAAACGCUGCCGACUCAGGAUACUGUCAGAUCGACGAUGCGGGGAACUGCUUCGAUUGGAGCGUGUCAGCCGCAAUCGUCAAUUUGGACGUGACCGAAGGCUUCGACACUACGCGGAUUAGCCGCAUGCCUAGGCUGACCAAGGGCAGCUUGCUUUGGGACCUUGUCAGGGAGCGGCUGUUGGUCCCAGAGGAAUACUGGAUCGCCAUGGGCUGGCCGGUUCCGGGCGUGGUCCCGAAAUCUGCCAUCAGAUGCUACCCUCACGACCUGAACGCCGUGUCGUUCAGCCAUCACCGGAUGCUCAUGGGGAAUGGCAUGCACGUGGUAUCAAUGGGCUGCGUUUCCUAUUGGAUGAUGAGCGCGCCGACGUGGCGCCUGAAUCCGCGGGCCCGCUGA